AUGGCUUCUACGACACCUCAGUCCACCCUUUCUUUCCCGCGCGAAACUUUUGCAAAGCUUUCACCUCACCCCUAUCUCCUAGCACAUCUCCAGCCUGCUUCCGACAGCACCCCUCCAUCGCGCGCAAACGGCAGGACGCCUACCCAGUUUCGAACACCCCAUAUAAACAAUGGAUCGCUCACACAUGCAGAGGGUAGUGCUGUAGUAAGAAUUGGCGAUACGACGGUAGUAUGUGGAAUUCGAGGGGAGAUAUUGCUGGCGAGCAAUGUUGCUGGAUAUCGCGUGGAUCAGUCAACAACAACUUCAAAGACCGGUUACAAUGAGGCGAAAGAGCUGGACCUUCUGGUACCAAAUAUUGAAUUGGCGACUGGAUGCUCACCGGCAUUUCUUCCUGGCCAGCCGCCAAGUACGUUAGCACAGAGUUUGAGCACGAGGAUAUACUCGCUAUUACAUUCCAGUAACUUGAUAAAUGCUGAGGAUCUACGGAUUUGGUAUCAGCCUCCUGAUCUGAGCGAUCCGGAUAAAAUGGAUGAGGAUGAUGAGGAGGAGGAAGCACCGGAAGCAGAAAUCAAGGCAUUCUGGACACUCUAUAUUGAUAUUCUAUUUAUUUCCCUCGAUGGCAACCCUUUCGAUGCUGCAUGGGCAGCGGUCAUGUCGGCGCUCAAAGAUGUACGACUUCCGAGAGCAUACUGGGAUGCAGACCGCGAGAUGAUUUUGUGCGAGGAUUCGGUAGCAGAGUCAAAGAAGUUGAACCUAUCUGGGCUACCGAUUGCCGUAACUUCGUUGGUAUUCAGGGCGAAGGAGAAGGGACAGGCAAAGGGCAAGCGAUAUUGGAUUCUGGUUGAUCCUGAUACCUUCGAGGAGACCCUAUGCGAGGAGUCGAUCACGAUUGUGGUCGAUUGUGCAGGCAAGACAAAAAUACUAGGCAUAUCGAAAUCGGGCGGCACUGUCGUAGGAAGAGAUGAAAUGAAGGAUAUUGUAGCCCUGGCAGAGCAGCGAUCAAAAGAGCUGAGUAAACUUCUUAACGGAUGA